AUGUCCCGGGGCCAUGAGAUUUCUGCGGGACCCAGUGUGUUCCAGAUGUGGGUGAUGAUCUGUCUGCUCCCAGCUGUCGCCUCCCAGUCGUCUAACUCUGAAUCAAAAAGGGCUCGUAACUUCACCGUACAUUCCUCCCAGCUCGUUUGCAGUCUGCCGGGCCCAGCAGGCCCGCCAGGAAACCCGGGUGCCCCUGGAGCACCAGGGUCCAUGGGCCCGAUGGGGCCACUGGGGCUGGAUGUUCCAGAUGGAAAAGAUGGAGACAAAGGAGAAAAGGGAGAAAGAGGUGAUUCAGGGAGAACGGGGAACGCAGGCAAACCUGGAGUAAAAGGCCGCGAGGGUGUCAUCGGAAAGGCAGGACCUCGAGGACUGAAGGGGCUGCGUGGACCACCAGGAGUGGCUGGAAAACAGGGACAAAAAGGAGAAGUGGGUGACGAGGGCCAGCGAGGACCCCCUGGCGGCUGCAGCUGUGGCAGAGCAGCUUGAUCAGCCUUCUCUGUGGCUGUGACACAAAGUUACCCCAAGGAGAGGACGCCCAUCCGCUUCAGCCGGAUCCUGCUGAACGAGGGGGACCACUACAACACCAGCAGUGGGAAGUUUGUCUGCGAGAUCCCUGGGGUCUACUACUUCACCUAAGACAUCACACUGGCCAACAAGCACCUGGCCAUUGGGCUGGUGCACAACGGACAGUACAAGAUCAAGACGUUUGAUGCCAAUACGGGGAACCAUGACGUGGCUUCUGGUUCCACUGUUCUCAGCCUGAAGGAGUCAGAUCAGGUCUGGUUGCAGAUCUUCUACUCGGAGCAGAACGGGCUUUUCUUUGACCCCUUCUGGACAGACAGCACCUUUACGGGCUUUCUCAUUUACGCUGACCAGGAGUUUCUAAAUGAGGCAGACCUAAAAGCAAACAGCCAGACUGAGAGUUAGUGCCGUAUUCCUGAAAUAUCUUGUUUUAAAUGACUUUAUUUCACAUCAGAAUGACAGAUCACAAACCGCAGCUGGUGGAGACACUUGGCCACCAGGGGGCGCACA